UUUCGGACUUUUCACAGAAUCACUAGGGGAGUUACUGUCUCUUGGCUUCAGAGUAAUCUACAGUACAGGCACCGGGAAUUCAAUUUUAGAGGGACAUAUAUAUCACCCAGGGUAUCUCCAUGGAAAGGCCACUCUCUCAUAGUAUACCUGUUUGAUUUUGUUGUUUUUCAUCUUUCUGCUUCCACUGAGUAAUACGCUAUCCCCCACCCCACGAUCUCUAUGGACAGACCUCCGGAACCAUCAUCUAUCGUCUUCUUCGUUGCGGUGGCAAUAGGUAUCAUUAUCGCAAUAGUGUUUGUGUUUUUCUCACUAAGAUACUAUGUCAGAACAAGACUGGGGAUAUAUGGCAAUGCCCGACUAACCUCACGCAACGGUGCCUUGGUGUUGACAAAUGGGGGCCUGCAACGGCUGGGGAUGUACUCGAUGAACAGGCAGCAGCGCCGCAGGUUCUUGAAGAAGCGGAGACUCACGCAGGAAGAAGUGGACCAUCUGUUCCCUCUACGUACUUACCAAGAAUGGCUAGAUGGCGGUGCUGAAAUGGACGAACAUGCAAGAGGUAUCGCCGCUGAACUCAAGGAGGAAGACGAUGACCUUUUGCUGGAUCAACAGCAGCAUGUAACGGACGUUUCUCGUGAGGACACUCCAUCUGCGGCUGAUGACACCGCUGCGUCAACCACCAAUGACAGCGCACUGGGCACAAGCCAGAAGAGUGCAAACGUUGUAGCGGUACACUCUGAUUAUAACCAGGCUGAGAUUACAAAUCCAUCUGCUCGUAUUCCAGAGAUUGACCUUGGAACCCCCACCUAUGAAAUACACUUUGACUCGGGUACUUGUGCCAUCUGUAUCGACACCUUUGAGCCAGACGAUGAGGUUCGUGGGCUGAUUUGCGGACACGUUUUCCAUCAAGCGUGCCUGGAUCCAUGGCUCACGAAGAGAAAAGCAUGCUGUCCUAUGUGCAAACGUGAUUAUUACUUAAAGAAGAACGAGGACUCCGAUAAUACAGAUAACGGUGAUGUAAGGGAUGACGAGCCGGUGGCUGCUGGUGAAGAUUUUACUGAGUUCCAGUACCUGACACUACAGCAAAGAGCAGAUGAGAUUGAACGGAAUAAUCCAGUUAUUGGUAUUGCUGCAAAGGAGAAGAUCAAACAUUUUUUACGUACUAGAUGGAAGUUUUUUUGGUUCAUAAUGGGUGUUUCGAGACAAGACUUGAUCAACUGUGCUAUAGUAAACGAGGCAGAGAGACGCAUCAAUGGGCUUCAGCAACAAGAAGACCAGUCACCAGAAGAACACAGAGAUGGCGGAGCAGACAUGGAGAACGCUAUUAAUACUAAUAAUGAUAAUGAUCCCAAUGUGCAAAGUACUCGUGGUAUCUCACCCGCUGGUGGUAUGGCUCAAGACAGAAACAGGGCUGAACAAAUGGUUUGACUUUGCUUCAGUAACUUGGACAAUAACUAAAGUCCUAUGUGUAUGAAGGUCAUCAUUGGGUUUUACUACUAAGGCUUGUCGUAUACUCAUGCUCUCGCUCUGGUGCUCCUCUCUUCCCAGCCUGUUCGUACGUGUUUUUUCUCACCAUGUCUCCUUCCUUUCUCGAUCGCUGGUUGAAGAUUGGCGAGUUUUUUUCUUAACUUUUGGAUAUUAUCAUCGAAUCGUAAUUGACUAGUACUUAUCAUGUAGUGUUAUGUACUCAUCAAAUAUAUGAAUUGAUGAGGGUACUCAUUCCGAUGUGGGUGCGUAUGGCGAG